GGCAGCUGUGCUGAGAGCUGCGCUGCUCCGCUGCUGCUCACUCAGUCUGCAAGGCGCCGCUGAGGAAGCACAACCCAGGGAAUCAUGGCAGCAGGAAGGAUGAGAUCCACCCGCAGACUUCGCUCCUGGAUAGUGGACCAGGUGAGCAGCGGGAAGUAUCCAGGCGUGAUGUGGGACGAUGAGGCCAAAACAAUGUUCAGGAUCCCAUGGAAACACGCAGGGAAACACGACUUCCGCGAGGACGAGGACGCAGCGCUCUUCAAGGCCUGGGCCGAGUUCAAAGGGAAGCUGGCGAACGGAGAGAAGAAUCCUGCGGCGUGGAAAACGCGUCUUCGCUGCGCCCUCAACAAGAGCCCCGAGUUCAAGGAGGUGAUGGAGCGCGCCCAGCUGGACAUCUCAGAGCCGUACAAGGUGUACCGGCUCGUCCCCAUCAGCGAGCAGGGUGUGCUGCUACCUGAGCCGAAGGUCAAAGAGAGGAGCAGCAAGAAGCUGAAGGGAAGGAGCAGCAGCUCGGACUGCCCGGUCAAAAAGAUCAAAACUGAAGCGGUCGCCUCUCAGCUGCAUGAAGAGGACCAGCAGCAGGACAGCCAGCCGGUCCCUUCAGAAGGACCCGCCCAGUGCACCACGUUGGAUGAGCUCAGGCUGGACGUUCGGAUCGAGGAGAGCGUCCCCGCCAACACAGGAGAUCAAGACUCCUUCAGUGUGACGGUUCAUUAUCUUGGCCAGGAGGUUCUUAAACGUCAGAUCAGCGGCCCCGAUGUCCGCAUCUUGUAUCUGCCCUCCUCCUCCGUCCCCCCGACUCCUGUCGCCCUGAGCCGCUUCCCUCGCAUCCUGCUACCGGAGCCGCCGUCCACGUUGACGGCGGGCGAGGAGCUGCAGGCGCUGUUCACCCUGCUGCCCUUCAUGGCGAAGGGCAUCGCGCUGACGUCCACGCCGCAGGGAGUGUACGGCAGGAGGUUCUGCCAGGGCCGGAUCUUCUGGACGGGACCGCACACGACCACGCCGGGCCUUCACCGGAUGGAGAGGAACAUGGAGUCGGUGCUGCUGUUCAGCAAAGACAUCUUCAAGCAACAACUGGACUUUUUCCGAACCAACGGCGGCGAGCCUCCUCAGUGCAGCUUCACUCUGUGUUUUGGAGAAGAGUUCAGCAACACCGAAGAUCCGUCUCACAAACUGAUCAUCGCUCAGGUUUCCCUCCCGUGGGCGGAGCAGCAGGUCCAGAACGCGCUCUCCGUCUUCAACACCCUGUCGGUGUUCCGGACCUUGGCCAGCCAGUCUCCGCUGGGAGAAAUCACGCUGAACCUCGUCACGGUGCCGUCGCCGCCCUCCGAGCUGGACGCCUGUCAGACCAUCUGAGUUUCCACAAGCAAACUCUGAAACAUUCCCAGCUUUCAAAAUAAGAGCCUUUGCUUUCUCUGCACACGAAAAUUAAGACUUUGAAGCACUUAAAAGAAAAUCUGUUGAACUCUGGAGCUAAAACGGUGACGUUUGGGGUUAAACAAAUGGAUUUUCUUCAUUUCCUGCGGGGAUCGGUGCGUUGGAAACACUACAGGAAAAACCAACAGCGCGGAGGUUGUGCAUUUUAGAGAAAUUUAAAAAUAGUUUCUCUAUAAAUCCGUUUUUAUUGUUCUGUUGGUGCUUAGAACCCAGACACUCUUUUAAAGGGACCGUAAAGUUAAAAGCAGGCAUGUUUGCUGUACUGUACUCCAAUCAUAGCAUAGAUUAAUAGUUUUAGCUACAUGUUAUCAUCCAGAAUGAUUAUAAAAUAAUCUUAAAGCUGAGUUUUAGUUGAAAACACUCGUUUUAUUAAAUAAUAAAACACU